AUGGAUCUUACAGUAUUAACAACAGACGGCAAGGAGGUUCUUGUUGAAGACAUUUUCGUAAAAUCUAUUCCUGCUUUUCGGGAUAUAGCAAAGGAUGAGGUUAAUGAAAAAUUUUUUGUUCCUGUGAAAAGUGAUAUUCUCGUAUCAUUAUGCACAUGGAUUGAUUAUAUUUACCUCGCACCAAGUAGGGAAGAAUUACGAAAAUUUCUCUCUCAAUACUACGAUCAUCACUAUGAAGAACUCAAUGAGUUGAUGGAAGCAGCACGCGCUUUGCGAUUUCUAUCAUUUGUGGAUGUGUAUGAGAACUUUCACCACUGAUCUCUGAUUCAAUUUAGCACCCAUAAAGCCAAUGUACAUAUUUAUGUUCUUAUGGGUACCCCUAUUUGUUAA